AGGGCACUGCCGCGCCGGCCACUGGCGUCCACAGUUUGAAGCGAAGGAUUUAAAGACCGGAACAGGGCUGGCCCGGGCACGGGGAGUGGAGAGGAGGAGGAGGGAGAGGAAGAGACGCGAGGCUUGGACUGCGAACGCCGGUCUGGGCUGGGGCGCCGGCAAAGCCCGGGAUCCGCCGUCCUGUCCGUCCGUCCCCCCUCCCGUCCUCUGUAGCCCAGAGCCCAGAGGGGAAGAGACGUCCUGAAACAAAGCUUCGAGUCUUCCUGUAUCCCGCUUGGCUGACAGACUAGAAGCGAGGAGCGCAAAAAAAGUGAACUCUGCUUUCGGCGCCCGCUCUUGUCAGUUUCUCAGCCCUCUUCUUAAACAUAGAGCUCUGAGAAUCCAGAUGGCAAAUUCUAUGAAUGGCAGAAACCCUGGUGGUCGAGGAGGAAACCCCAGAAAAGGUCGAAUUUUGGGUAUCAUUGAUGCUAUUCAGGAUGCAGUUGGACCCCCCAAACAAGCUGCAGCCGAUCGCAGAACUGUGGAGAAAACUUGGAAACUCAUGGACAAAGUGGUAAGGCUGUGUCAAAAUCCCAAGCUCCAGUUGAAAAAUAGCCCACCAUAUAUACUUGAUAUUUUACCUGAUACUUAUCAGCACCUGCGACUUAUAUUGAGUAAAUAUGAUGACAACCAGAAACUUGCCCAACUGAGUGAGAAUGAGUAUUUUAAAAUCUACAUUGAUAGUCUAAUGAAAAAGUCAAAACGAGCAAUAAGACUUUUCAAAGAAGGCAAGGAGAGGAUGUAUGAAGAACAAUCACAGGACAGGCGGAAGCUCACAAAACUAUCCCUCAUCUUCAGUCACAUGCUGGCAGAAAUCAAAGCAAUCUUUCCUGCUGGCCAGUUCCAAGGAGAUAACUUUCGUAUUACAAAAGCAGAUGCUGCUGAAUUCUGGAGAAAGUUUUUUGGUGACAAAACUAUUGUACCAUGGAAAGUAUUCAGACAGUGCCUUCAUGAAGUCCAUCAGAUUAGCUCUGGCCUAGAAGCAAUGGCUCUAAAAUCAACAAUUGAUUUAACUUUCAAUGAUUACAUUUCAGUAUUUGAAUUUGAUAUUUUUACCAGGCUAUUUCAGCCCUGGGGCUCUAUUCUUCGGAAUUGGAAUUUCUUAGCUGUGACACAUCCUGGGUACAUGGCAUUUCUCACUUAUGAUGAGGUUAAGGCACGCCUGCAGAAGUACAGCACCAAACCUGGAAGCUAUAUUUUCCGGUUAAGUUGCACUCGACUGGGACAGUGGGCCAUUGGCUACGUGACUGGGGAUGGGAACAUCUUGCAGACCAUACCUCACAACAAGCCCUUGUUUCAAGCCCUGAUUGAUGGCAGCAGGGAAGGAUUUUAUCUUUAUCCUGAUGGGAGGAGUUAUAAUCCUGAUUUAACUGGAUUAUGUGAACCUACACCCCAUGAUCACAUAAAAGUUACACAGGAACAGUAUGAAUUAUAUUGUGAAAUGGGCUCCACUUUUCAGCUAUGUAAAAUUUGUGCAGAAAAUGACAAAGAUGUCAAGAUUGAGCCUUGUGGGCAUCUGAUGUGCACCUCUUGCCUUACUGCAUGGCAGGAGUCAGAUGGCCAGGGUUGCCCCUUCUGUCGUUGUGAAAUCAAAGGAACAGAGCCCAUAAUCGUGGACCCCUUUGAUCCCCGAGAUGAAGGGUCCAGGUGCUGCAGCAUCAUCGACCCCUUUGGCAUGCCCAUGCUCGACCUGGAUGAUGAUGACGACCGGGAGGAAUCUUUGAUGAUGAAUCGCUUGGCAAAUGUUCGAAAGUGCACUGACCGGCAGAACUCACCAGUCACAUCACCAGGAUCCUCUCCCCUUGCCCAGAGAAGAAAGCCCCAGCAAGACCCACACCAGAUCCCACACCUCAGCCUGCCACCAGUGCCUCCUCGCCUGGAUCUGAUUCAGAAAGGCAUAGUCCGCUCUCCCUGUGGCAGCCCAACUGGUUCACCAAAGUCUUCUCCUUGCAUGGUGAGAAAACAAGAUAAGCCGCUCCCAGCACCACCUCCUCCCUUAAGAGAGCCACCACCCCCUCCUGAGCGACCUCCCCCAAUCCCACCUGAAAACAGACUGAGCCGCCACUUGCAGCAUGUGGAGAGUGUGCCUUCCAGGGACCAGCCUAUGCCUCUCGAAGCCUGGUGCCCUCGGGAUGUGUUUGGAACCAAUCCGUCUGUGGGAUGUCGCAUCCUGGGGGAUGGCUCUCCAAAGCCCGCAAUCACAGUGAGCUCCAGUGUAAAUGGAAGGCAUGGUAGAAUGGGCUCUGAUACAGUGCUUAUGAGGAAACACAGGCGCCAUGAUUUGCCUUCAGAAGGAGCCAAGGUCUUCUCCAAUGGUCACCUAGGAAAUGAAGAGUACGAUGUUCCUCCUCGGCUUUCUCCCCCUCCUCCCAUCACUGCCCUGCUCCCUAGCAUAAAGUGUACUGGCCCAUUAGCAAAUUCUCUUUCAGAGAAAACAAGAGACCCAGUAGCGGAAGAUGACGAUGAAUACAAGAUUCCAUCAUCCCAUCCAGUGUCCCUGAAUUCACAACCAUCUCAUUGUCAUAAUGUAAAACCUGUUCGAUCGUGUGAUAAUGGCCAUUGUAUAUUGAAUGGAGCACAUAGUAAUACGUCUUCAGAUGUGAAGAAAUCAAACAUCCCUGAAUUAGGCAUAUAUUUAAAGGGAGAUGUUUUUGAUUCAGCCUCUGAUCCAGUGCCAUUGCCACCUGCCAGGCCUCCAACUCGGGACAGUCCAAAGCAUGAUUCUUCACUCAACAGGACGCCCUCUGAUUAUGAUCUUCUCAUCCCUCCAUUAGGUGAAGAUGCUUUUGAUGCCCUCCCACCGGCUCUCCCACCUCCCCCACCUCCCGCAAGGCACAGUCUCACAGAACAUUCAAAACCUCCUGGCUCCAACAGCCGCCCAUCUUCAGGACAGGACCUUUUCCUUCUUCCUUCAGAUUCCUUUUUUGACCCAGCAAGUGGCCAAGUUCCUUUGCCUCCUGCUAGGAGAUUACCAGGAGAAACCGUCAAAUCCAACAGAACGUCACAGGAUUAUGACCAGCUUCCUUCAUCUUCAGAUGGUUCACAAGCACCAGCCAGACCCCCCAAACCAAGACCCCGCAGGACUGCACCAGAAAUUCACCACAGAAAACCCCAUGGGCCUGAGGCAGCACUGGAAAAUGUGGAUGCAAAGAUUGCAAAACUCAUGGGAGAGGGGUAUGCCUUUGAAGAGGUGAAGAGAGCCUUAGAGAUAGCCCAGAAUAAUGUCGAAGUGGCUCGUAGCAUCCUUCGAGAAUUUGCUUUCCCUCCUCCAGUUUCCCCACGUCUGAAUCUAUAGCAGCCAGAACUGUAAAAACCAAAAUGUAGAGCAGUUGACAGAUGUUCCAAGAGCAUGGAAAGAGAAGACUAAGGUGGAAUUCAAGAGCAAAGCCUCCUCACUCAACAUUUUGAGAAGGGAGGCCCAGGAGCACAGCUCCUCAGAAGAUUGCUUCGUGCUCAGGAUGUUGACGCUGCGGCCCCCUUGUGUUGCUAGCCAUACUUUUAAAUCAGGGUUGAACUGACAAAAAUAAUUUAAAGACGUUUACUUCCCUUGAACAUUGAAUCUGUGAAAUGCUUUUCCUUGUUUACAAGUUGGCAAAGUUGCAGUUUGUUUUUGGUUUUUUUUGUUUGUUUGUUUUGUUUUUUUUAUAUUGUACUGUGUUCUUGAUAGACCCUUUGCAGAGUGGUCCAGUCUGCUGUAACAUUUCUCAUAACUGUCACCUCUUUUGAUGUCCACAUCAACAGCAAAAUCACCUCUUCAUGUUGAUCUCCAGCAUCUACGAACUUCCCCAGCCCCCAGGUCCAAUUCCAUUUCUACCAUUUACAAAAUGCUUUAAAGGUCUUGAUUUUCAACAUAUCAAACUAAUGCAAAAAACUCUUUGUGUGGUCUUCACUACUGAAUCUUUUCUUUGGAAACCAUCACUUUUGAGAGAUGGGAAAAAAAUCUGAAUGUAUAAAGCAUUUAUUUGUUAAUAAACUGCCUUUUAUAAGGGGUCUUUUCUAAUAUAGAGGAGCUUGCCUUGUUUAAGUUUUAUAACCUUUCAUUUUCCAUAUUCUCCAUCUCUGUCAUCCCAGGGGAGCCAUGGCACUGUAAACAUCUAAAAUAUUAGCAACUACUUCUAAGAUACACUUGCACAAGACAGUGCCAUACUGAAAUACUAUAAUGAGGUCCUCAGGUAUUUCUAUCUGCAUUACUUUGAGGCAUGCUGAAUAAGAGGGCCACCUCCCUGAAAUAUAUUAAUAAACUUCAGGUUAAUCACAGACACAUUGUACCUCUUCCAAAGUGGAAUAAAGGUAUUUCCCUAUUUGAAGAUUAUACUAUGGUUCAUAAUCGCUGUGGGACCACUUCCUUUUGCAAUGGAAACAUUAAGGUUUUAAUGCACUGUUAAGUGCUAAUGCUACUGUGCCAGGUUUCUUUGCAAAGUUCUUAGUAAUUUCCUCUCCAGUCAAAUGAGGGUUCAUAUUUAAUUUGUAAAUUCUCUCAGUCCACAUUGCUCCAUCCAGUCAGGUGAAAGUAAUAUAUAGUUUUGCCUUUUUUUGUGAAAUUGCAGUUGAUUCUUAAGAAACUGUUAUUACUUUGAAUAAAUCUACAGAUAUUUAUUGAGCAUCUACAGUGUACUUGGCACUGUUAGACACUGUGUUUAAGCACAAACUCUCACAAACUGAUUCCAGCAUAAUGUUUUAUUAUUUUUUAAGAUGCAUUUUGAUGGCAACGUCUCUGGUGGACAAACCCUGGGAGGUUGGCACUACAGCUUUAGAAUUCUCUAGCAGUUUACUUUUUUUUUCCCAUUCCUGAGAAAUUAGUGGAGAAGUGAAACAAAACUCUGUAAAAUGCUUGAACCCACUAGCGGUUUUCUACCUAAGAAUUAAUUGUGGGUUGCACAUGUUCUAACCACUCCUUUCUUCACACCUAGUGUGAUGUUCAAAAAAACACAUUAGUUUCAGGUCAGGACUCAAGAAGACAGGAUAUAAUAUGUGAUAGAUGUGGCAAAUUUUAUAUGCAAGGCUUGCGUUGACCCAGGGAGGUGAAUGUAAGCAUUGCUUUUCAAAGUGACAUAUGCCUGUUCUUACAAUCUUGCUCUCAUGGGGUGAGAGGAUACUUUAGGAUGUGUGCAAGCCUUGGAUAAUUUUUGUGCUUAAAUGAAUUUCUUGUGGUGAUUGAGUUGGUUAUGUUCCCUACAGGAGAAUUUUUAAUUUGCCUUAUAUAUUCUUCUGUGAGUAGGUAUGAGUACAGUUUUUUAUACUUUGAAAAUUGCAUUGGCUAAUUUUGUAUUGCUUUCUAAUUCAUUAUGUCAUCAUGAUUUUUCAUUUGUUUUAUUAGUUUUUUGGGUUGUUUUGUUUGGUACCAGGGAUUGAACUCAGGUCCUUAUGCUUGCAAGGCAUGCAGCGGAACCACUGAGCUAAAUCCUUACCCUGUUUCAUUAGUUUUUGAUGUCACAUUGGCUUUAUUAUGACUGGGUGAUGAUAGAUACAGUCUAAAAGCCAAAAGUUGCCACUUUGUUGUGAUAACAUUGUCAUAACAUUCUUAAUAGAUAAGGGGAUGUUACAAAAUAAGAAUGUCAGGAAGCACAGUACAUUCUCAUUCAGUUUUCAAAUAACAAGUUAAAAUAUUCAGUGAGAACUAAAAAAGACAGCAUUGUAAAUUUGGACCGAAGUUCGGGGCUGGAGAAAUUUUGAAAAUAGUUUUCUAGCCCCCUACCCCAAACUCUCUACAUCUUGUACUCAGUAGCACUCAUUACUUUUAUUCUCAACAAUAGUGAAUCACAGAGUCAUACAGAAUAGAAUGGAAAGAAGUAAAUUUAAACACUGCCAUGAAAACUCAUAGCUACCUAAUGCCUAUGACAUCACUCAAAAUGAAUAUUUUUUAAAGAGAUACUUAAAACAAAAAUAUUUUUUCAUUAUAAAAGUAACUACCUAUUACUGCCUGGAGAUGACCCAGACAUGGUUUCACUGUGAUCCAGAAAGUUAGACAUUCCUUCCAUUUCUCAAAACUUGCUAAUACAACACAUUUUUAAGCCAGUAUUUAGUAACUAUAAGAUUAAAAACAAAUCAGGGCCAAUAUUAACCCUCAUCCCCAAAUUAUAAGGGUAAAAAGGAUUUAUCUUCAUCAGUAUUUCAGUAAGUUUAUCUCCACUGUCUUUUCUUUUUCCCUUUGAUACCUGAUAUACUACAGCCAAGUUCCUAGUAUAGAAUCAAAGCAUUUUAUGCUUAACUUGAACUUUGACAAAUCUGACCAUUCACUUUUCCCUAUGCAUCUCCCUGUGCCCACACUGCAAACAGACUCAGUAAUAGAGCCCUAAUUGCAACCUCAAAGGGCUCACUGCUAACUCAGUAUUUUAUUUCACACACCAAGAACACUUCCCAAAAGUUUCUUUAUAAUGUGAAUUUUCUUAAUUUUCCAGUUCCAGGAGCAUUUCUUGUAUAUUACUUUUCUUCUUGGAUUUUCAGUUUAAAGCUUUAAUUUGCACUGAAUUAUCUAAUCUGGUUUACAAAUACCUUUCUUAAAAUGACAGAUUUGGAAGCAAAUUACAGUAUAUUUUAAAUAAUACAGGUACUGCCUGUUAAGCUGGAAUUUUAGUGUAUCUAGGAAAAAUUUCCAGAAAAAGCAAAAGAGUGAAAAGUUUCCUUUCCAGUCACUAUUAUAUUGUUUUUAAUGCCUUUAAAAAAAUGUGUCUAAGGUG